AUGGGAGAAUCACACGCAGUGAUUGCUCCUAAUAGAAUUGGCGAUUUUAUCUUUAAAGGGACUAUCGGAGAAGGUGCUUUUUCGAUCGUUAAGCUGGUUGUUAAAGAACAAAAUGGUCAAUACUACGCUUGUAAAAUCAUUCCAAGGGCCAAGCUUGAAGGAAGCAUUAGAACCAGAUUCGAGCUUGAAAUUAGGAUCAACCAACAAAUGCGGCACCCAGGUGUUGUCGCAUUAAUAGAUUUAUUCAAAGAUGAUUUCAAUUAUUAUAUUAUUAUGGAGUUUUGCCCUAAUGGAGAACUCUUCGAAUACAUUGUUCAGCACGGUAAACUGUCAGAAAGAGAAUGCAAGCCUCUAUUUUAUCAAUUAACCUCAACUAUUCAAUUUAUUCAUAACAUGAACGUAUGCCAUCGUGAUUUAAAACCCGAAAAUAUACUUAUUGACAGAUUCGGAAGAUUAAAAAUCUCCGACUUCGGUUUAUCUCGAUUCAUGGGACCGAAUUGUAUCGUCUCUACUUCAUGCGGCUCACCAUGCUAUGCAUCUCCCGAAUGCAUUAGUGGGAAGCCAUAUAAUGCAAAAACGAGUGAUGUUUGGUCACUAGGCGUUAUUUUCUACGCGAUGUCGAGUGGAUUAUUGCCUUGGACUAAACGAAAUCAAACAGAACUAUACCAACAGAUUUCCACAGGCGACUACAAGAUUCCCAACCACCUGUCACCUGCCCUUGCCGAUCUUGUUCGUAAAAUGUUAACAGUUGAUUUGAACAAGAGAAUAACAAUUGCGCAAAUCCUUGAUCACGAUUUCUUCAAAGAUAUCAACAAGCAAGUCGUUUACCCGCCUUUAAACGUUCCUUUAGUUUCUCUGAAGAAAAUUGAUCAGUUCUUCGAACGAGAUAAAGAGGAACAGUACCGUAAGGACCACCCAGACGAAUUCAGUUCUUCUACCGGAGAUAACUCGUUCAGAAAACAAUUAGAUCAACUUUCAGAGAAAAAACACUACCUGAUAAAGCAAAGAAACAUUCUUUACGCAAUGAAGGGUGAGCAUCAGCCAAAAGUUCACGAGGUUACAGAAGCAGAUAAACAGAACGCUUUAAAGGAAAUUCACGAAAUAUGCAACAAAAAUAAGACUGUAAACACAAUAAAAGUCGUUGAUACUACUAAUUCGAGAAAGCCUGUACCAAAAACAUCCCUCGUAAACCGUGGACAUGGAGCUAAACAACCUACACCAAAUAAGGUUAUUGUGAAACCUGGAAUUUCUGUUGGUAGCGCUUCUAGAUUAUAA